GAUUACUGUCCUAGGACCAUAGCGGUUGUGCUUAGCGUCUGCUCCGGUUACUUGUCCGUCACGGAUCUCGCUCACUGCCAGACGAUGCUGCAGCCGGGGAACUACAGCCUGGUGCUCUCCCUGCAGUUCAUGUUGCUGCUCUUUGAUCUGUUUGUUAAUUCGUUCUCGGAGCUCCUGCGCUCUGCUCCGGUUAUACAGCUCGUGCUGUUCAUUUUACAGGACGUAGGCACUCUCUUCGCAGCUAUUGUCCUGUUCCUUAUGCUGUUUAACACAUUCGUAUUCCAGGCUGGGCUUCUUGGCAUUCUGGUUCAGCGUUUCCAGGUCACUGUGCUUAUGUGCGCCCUGCACUUGGCACUCAGCAUUGCAUUACACGUAUGGCUUAUGAAUCUGCGCUGGAAAACUCAGAAUGUCUUUAUCUGGUCAGACGGGUUACAGGCUCUGUAUGUGCUGCAGAGAGUCGUGGCUGUGUUAUAUUUCUACUUCUACAAGAGGACGAUUCUGAACUUGGGUGAUUCACGUUUCUAUCAUGACUCUCUCUGGUUACGUAAGGAGGUUGCGCGAGUACGAGGAUAAGACAAGCGCUCCUGUGGUACAUGUGUGCACACCUACCUAGUGGACAUUACUCUGCUCACUGACAGAUGUAUGGAUUACCGGAUAUGAUCUGCACAAACUAGACUAGUUUCUUCUCCGCCGUGCACACACAUAUUUGUUAGAUAUCUUCACGCUGUCCCAAGCAGAGCAAACAGAACAAUGCGGCAGAACAUUUUCCCAUUCGUCAUUAGACACGUACCCUGCGAGCGGGACUAAACAGCAGAAACAAAUUAGAGCAGGGCUAGACAAAUCCCAGGAGUUGCAGAGCCAUGGCUUUUAAAAUGAGUAUCUGCCUCCUAACUUGUUACAUUAUUCUGUACAUAUCUAUAUUGCCUCUUAAAAUAGCUCAUGAAUUGUCUGUUUGGCUGCUACAUUACACACUAAGGCCUAGAUUACAAGUGGAAAGCUAAUUUAUCAUGCGCUUGUAAAUAGGAAAAUUCAAGCUCACGUUCGCAUUGCGCUGAACCUCUAAUACCAGCGCACAUUUGCGUGCACCGUUAUUACUGAGUGGCGCACAAAUAUCAUGCUAACGAAAGCGCAAUUUUGCGCUCCACUCGUAUUCUGGCCCUAAAUGUAUAGCCCUGCUUUAUGGACAUUAUCUGGCACAAGAGCCAAACUGUGCGUUUAGCAGAAAAAUCUGUUAGCGUCAUUUGGUUUAAACUUUUCUAAACUUUGUAUUCAGUGUUAUUAAUGAUUUUUUUUUAAUCUGGGAUGGAACAAAGUGUUUCUAUUUUGUGUACAACAGAGAAAAGUGUGUUAUAUUAAUAAGUUAUAUUUUCAUAUACAUAGUGUUUUUGUUUUUUCAGCUAUAAAUCUAUUUUGAAAGGA